AUGAGGUUGAUGACAGAGGUGCCCAGUGUCACUGAACCAGACAUUGUACCAUCCGAGGAACCAUCAAGGGAGGAUGAUGAACUCAUAAGAAAAACUCGACCACGUGUGGUAAUGGCACCAGCACUCUCUCUUGACGAUGCUGCUGAAGUACUUGGAAAGAAUGAAUUAGAUCUACUACUUGCAUACACUUACAACUCCACUUGGGGUAAAGAUUCAAAGGAAGCUGCUCGUUGUAUUCCCAAGAAACCUGUUUUAAAUACGACAUAUGAGACUAAUGCAGAUCAAGUUCGUUACCAACCAGAAAAAACUGAUACUGUUGAGUGUCCUCCAUAUAAAGCAUUGCAGGUAAAAGUCCCAACAGAAAAACCUGAAGAGUAAGUAUCUUGUUU